CUCCUUAGCACACAAGACCCUCAUAAACACUGUGAGAUGGAUAAAACAGCUGUCAUACAGGUCUCAGACGUGAGGAGAGGAAGGAGAGCAGCACCACAACACCAGCAAACCGGUACCACCAUGGUUCGAGGUACGUUGAACACUAUGGCAGAUCUAAGACGUUCUGGGUUUGGUCGUCACUUGCCCAGGCAUGGACUCAAGCUCCUGUUCUGGUUCGCCAAGAAUUACAUUGACUUUGAUAUCACGGGUGAAAUGGUUGCAAGAUACAACCCCAACGAGGGGGGCUUUGAUUUCCAUCCCUUCCAGAACAGACCAGAGUGGGACUGCAGCAAUGUGACCACAACUAUAUCUGCAAUUUCCUGCAAUUCCCCGCUCCCAGAUAACGUCCACCCAUACUAUAUAGUGGGCAACCUGAAUCUGGAAGAAUCCAAUUGCCUUCCUCAGUAUGUCAGAAAAGACUUUACUGGUGACCAAGACGACAGUAACAUGGACCGCCUCAUCAUCAGUCUGCGUCCAGACGGGACUGUGGAUAAGGUUUAUGUGACCCAGCAUGACGAUGACGGUCUGAGUUUUGACCCUGACAACACCUACCGCGUCACCAGGGGUCUGCUCAGGGACAUCCGUGACCUAAAGCUGCGUAAGUUCCUGAAACAGGCAGGUUAUAGCAACCGCCAGCCAAUCAUAUACUUGGAUGAUUAUGAGGACAUUCUGAGUUAUUUUGAAGACUUCUUGAUACUGUAGUGUAGUACAGAGCUCUGUAACCAUGAUUCCACUAUUGAUCUGAUUCUGAAGUGAAAGGACAGGACAGGAAAACAGCAGUAUAGUUUUGCUUAGCCUUUUGCAAUGUGUAUUAUAUAGGUAAACUGAUUGUAUUUUCAUUGUAUGCUGUUGUAACCCCCUCCUGUCUUGUUCAUUGUUUUGUCAUUUAGCUUUUUCGUGAUGAAAUCGAUUUUUGAAUAAAAAAUUAUCUAUUUA